AUGUCUUCUAUCUUUAGCUCCAACUUCAGUAGUUCCAGUUUUAUUCUCACUGGCUUUCCUGGCCUCGAAGUGGACUAUCUCUGGCUCUCCAUCCCUUUCUCCUCCAUCUAUGCCAUGGUCUUCCUGGGAAACUGCAUGGUGCUCCACGUGAUCUGGACUGAGCCGAGCCUGCACCAGCCCAUGUUCUACUUCUUGGCCAUGUUGGCCCUCACUGACCUGUGCAUGGGACUGUCCACCAUGCCCACAGUGCUGAGCAUCCUGUGGGGGCUCAUUCAAGAGAUCAGCCUGGAUUCGUGCAUUGCCCAGUCCUAUUUCAUCCAUGGUCUGUCCUUCAUGGAGUCCUCUGUCCUCCUCACUAUGGCUUUUGACCGCUACAUUGCCAUUUGCAACCCACUACGCUAUUCCUCCAUCCUAACUAAUGACAAAAUCAUGAAAAUCGGGGUGACAAUCUUAUGUAGAAGUUCUUUGCUCAUAUUUCCAAUCAUCAUUCGUCUGAAGUUCUUAAACUAUUGCCGUCCUCACAUCCUUUCUCACUCUUUCUGCCUGCACCAAGAUUUAAUUCGACUGGCCUGUUCGGAUAUCCACUUCAACAGCAUCUAUGGUCUGUCCCUGGUAAUCAGCAACCUGCUGUUGGAUGCAGUGCUCAUACUAGAUGUCAUUAUCUUGCAUACUGUCUUAGCCAUUGCAUCCCAGGAGGAGCGGCUCAAGUCUUUGCAAGCCUGUGUAUCUCACAUCUCUGCUGUUUUGGUUUUCUACAUCCCAAUCAUUGGUCUGACCAUGGUGCAUCGAUUUGGGAAACAUCUCUCACCAGUGGUUCAUGUCCUCAUGGGCAACAUUUAUAUCCUUUUUCCUCCCUUGAUGAACCCCAACUUGAUGAACCCCAUUAUUUACAGUAUCAAGACCCAACAGAUACAAAAGAGAGUCCAGAGGUUGUUCUACUGCAAAAGAGCUUGA